GCGGCUGGGGUGGUAACAGAAGCCUUGCUCGGAGAGGCCGAGAAAGAAGCGAAGCAGACAUUCUCGUCGCGCCUGUUCGUCGACUGCUGCUCCAACUGCCUGGAGCUGGCCGACGCGAGCACGCAGACAAGCCCGAGGCCGAGUCCGUCCGCGCAGGCGCCGGCCGGCCGGCCCGGCUACGGGCAUGUGAUCUUCGUGGACAUGUCGCCGAGGGGGAGGAGGGAGCAGGAGGGGAAGGGGGAGGGGGAGGAGGAGGAGAAGGAGGAGGAGGAGAAGAAGAAAAGUCUGCAGAUCGGAUGCACGACACACACGACGAGGGCCUACUCGAUCGCCUUCCCGGCCGUCGGACUCCCAGAACGUCCAAGUCCGCCUGCAGAGCCCGUGGGGUUCGAGCCGGUGAGGGUGGUGAUGGUGCGCGACCAGACCUCGUGGACGGGCGAUGAUACGACUCCGGCUCGAGUCCCGUCGAGCGCAAGUUCGCCAGACGAGACGGCUCCAGAUCGAGUCUCGUCGAGCCGGAGUCAAGCAGUUGAUGCGACACAGGCUCGAGUCCCGCAGAGUGAGGUGUUGGCAGACGAGACGGUCAAGGCUCGAGAUCCGUCGAGCUGGAGAUCGGCAGAUGACACAGCUCGAGGUCGAGUCUCAUUGGGCGGGAGUCAAGCAGUUGAUGCGACACAGGCUCGAGUCCCGCAGAGUGAGAUGUUGGUAGACGAGACGACCAAGACUCGAGAUCCGUCGAGCUAUAGAUCGGCAGAUGACUCAGCUCGAGGUCGAGUCUCAUUGGGCGGGAGUCAAGCAGUUGAUGCGACACAGGCUCGAGUCCCGCAGAGUAGGGUGUUGGCAGACGAGACGACCAAGGCUCGAGUCCAAGCGACUGGGAAUUUGUCAGAUAAGACGGCUUCUGAUGGAAUCCCGUUCGGUGGAGGAUCGGUAGCUGAGACGCCCCGGGAUCGAGUCCCGUAUGAAGCAAGCUUGGCCGACGAUACUCCACAGACUCGAGUCCCACCAGACGAAAGAUCGGCAGUCAUGACGAUCCGGCGGCGCGAGAGUUCGGCAGACGAGGCGGCCGAACUGGCGGUGGAGGAGCAUCGCCAGAACGGCUGUGGCGCGAUCGAGGUGCAGAUCGCGCCGCCGGACGCGGACGACGACGACGACGGCGACGGCGAGACGACCGGCUGGCUGGUGGGUCGGCUGGACGGCUUCCAGGCCUACCAGAACAGCAGCGGCGGCGAGGGCAACGCGACGUUGGACGUGGAUCAGGCGGAGGCGAGUGGGCGUCGGGGCGGCCGGCCGAGCGGGGACUCGAACCUGUUGAGACCGUUGGAGGCGUCGAGCUCGGACGAACCGACGGACUCGCGCUCGAGGCCGGCGCAGGAGGAGGAGGAGAUUGGCCAACUCCUCCAACCGACGCUGCAUCACGCGCCGCCACCGGCGACUUCCGCCGACGACGAGUCCGGCUCGACGGAAACAGGUGGGACGAGUCGACUGGACGCGGAGGCCUCAUUUCGCUUAUAG